AAUUUAACAAACACAACGAGGGCCACUGGUGCAAAAGUUACGAACAGGCAAAGCUUCAACAACUCUGCCAGAUGGUCGCCUCUCUUGCCGGCUGCUGCCGCUGCUUACUCCCCACUCUUCUUCAGCGGUUCCAACUCCGCCAUUUCCCCACUCCACUUCCACUCCAAUACUCCUACAUUUCCCACCAACUCCCUUACCGCCGACGGCCUUCCAUAUUCUUCGCCGCCAUGAGCUCCGAUCAAACCUCCAAUCUCGACGAUGCCUUCAAGCAGAAGCGCCUCCUCCGAUCCAAAGUCCGCAAGUCCCUCAAGUCCAUGGACCCUUCUCUCAGAUCCCAAGAAGAUGAAGCAAUUCAGAACAUUGUUAUGGAAGCCCCAUGGUUCAAGUCCAGUCGCAGAAUGUGUGCUUAUAUAAGCUGCAGUGCUCUGCGAGAAGUCGACACAUCCAAGCUUUUAGCUCACAUCCUCCAGACUCCCUCCUCUUCUGGCGAUUCGAGUGUUGCGAAGAAGCUAUAUGUUCCCCGAGUAGAAGAUAAGAAUAGUAACAUGAGGAUGUUCCUGAUCUCAAGCAUGGAUGAUCUGAUUGCUAACUCGAUGGAUAUUUUGGAACCGGCUGCUGUUGAUCGUAAUGGAAAUCCGAGAGAAGAUGUUAUGGAAUCAGACGAGCCAGUUGACUUGUUCAUUUUACCUGGACUUGCAUUUGACAAAUCUGGAAGACGCUUAGGGCGUGGAGGAGGAUACUACGAUACUUUCUUGAGGAAGUACCAGCUCCGUGCAAAGGAGAAGAACUGGACGCAACCCUUACUUGUUGCACUCACAUAUUCUGUGCAAAUCAUGGAGGAAGGAGCUAUAUCAAUGACCGAUCAAGAUGUACCGGUUGAUGCUCUUGUUUCUCCAUCCGGCGUCAUCCCUAUCACUGCUGCUGCCUUAGAAAGAAUGCAGAUAUAACAUUUGACUCUCGGGCACUGCACAUCAGGAGAAUUCAGCAUGGUUAUAUGGCACGUGGGUUAGAUAGAUGCUGCUCAUGAGAGUUACUUCUGUAGCAUGAUUUGGCUUUUGCCCCAUAUACAUAUAGUUUAACAGAAUCUUGAAGGACUGGCCUAGAUAAACAAAAACAUCUGGGCUAUCCAAAGUGUAGUUCAAAGGGAUUUGCUUUCGGUCGCUUGAUUUAUGUAAUUAUGUUAUCUUUGAAGUCAGAUACUUUAGUUAAGAUUCACUUUUCUUCUCUAGCUUUCUCCCUCCGGAUUCUACAACUAGAAAGUCCAAUGAAUCCAACACCAUGUGUGUAACUCUGUAACUAAAUCCUAUUAGUGAAGCUCUCACAACGAUUAGUCC